GAGAGUCGUGUGGCUCCUCACUCUCCUCUCUCUCUCUGUGUCGUCUCCAGCCACAGCAGAAAGACUUCAUCCAUCAUGACCUCCUACAUGUCCUCCAGCUCCAUGAGGAGCUCCAUGGGAGGCUCCAGCAGCUCCCUGAUCGGCUUCGGAGGCGGCAGUCGUAUUUCCAUGAAGGCUGGCAGCGUGCACGGAGGAUCUAUUGGUGGAGGAGUCCGCAUCUCCUCUGCCUCCAUGGGCGGUGGGGGCUUCGGCAGCGGUGGGGGCUUCGGCAGCGGCGGUGGCAUGGGUGGUUUUGGUGGAGGCUACUCUUCCUCCGCCAGCUACAGCGUGUCCGGCAUGAACGACAGCCUCAUCGGCAACGAGAAGUUCACCAUGCAGAACCUGAACGACCGCCUGGCCACCUACCUGGCCAAGGUGGCGGCACUGGAGAAGGCCAACGCCGAGCUGGAGCUGAAGAUCAGGCAGUACCUGGAGAGCAAGAUGGGCCCCGCCACCCGAGACUUCAGCGCCUUCCAUGUCUCCAUCACCGACUUCACUGGCAAGAUUCAGGCCGCUCUGCGGGCCAACGGCGCCAUCCACCUCAGCAUCGACAACGCCCGCCUGGCUGCAGACGACUUCAGAGCCAAGUACGAGAACGAGCUGGCCAUGCGCAUGUCGGUGGAGGCCGACAUCGGCGGGCUGCGCAGAGUUCUGGACGAGCUCACCUUGGCGAAGAGCGACCUGAGCAUGCAGGUGACCGGGCUGACGGAGGAGCUGACCUUCCUGAAGAAGAACCACGAGGAGGAGCUGCUGGUGUUGCGCACUCAGAUGGGCGGUCAGGUGAACGUGGAGGUGGACGCCGCUCCAUCCCAGGACCUCAAUAAGAUCAUGGCUGAGAUCAGAGAACACUACGAGGCCGUCGCCGUCAAGAACCACAAAGACCUGGAGGUCUGGUUCCAGACCAAGACAGAAGCUCUGAACAAAGAGGUCGUCGUUCAGAGCACGACGCUGCAGACCAGCAGGAGCGAGAUCACCGAGGUCAAGCGGACGCUGCAGUCACUGCAGAUCGAGCUGCAGUCCACGCUGGGCCUGAAAGCGUCUCUGGAGGGAACUUUGUCCGAGACACAAAGCCGCUACGCCAUGCAGCUCUCCGGGUACCAGAUGCAGGUGAGCAGCAUGGAGGAGCAGCUGGUGCAGCUCAGGGCCGACCUGGAGAGACAGUCCCAGGAGUACCAGAUGCUGCUGGACAUCAAGACCAGGCUGGAGAUAGAGAUCGCCGAGUACAGGAGGCUGCUGGACGGAGAGGGGAGCAGCAGCAUGAGCAGCUCGUCCUCAUCGACCAUGACCACCAAGCGGGUGGUGACGGUGGUGGAGGAGGUGGUCGACGGGAAGAGGAUCUCCUCUUCUUCUUCCACUGCGUCCUCCUCCCUGUACCGCUGAGCAGAGGGCCCACGGCCAAUCAGCAUCCAGCUUCCUUCGCCCCCAUCGUCGUGUGACAUCAUCGCUCAGUGAUCACAUGACACAGACAUGAAAGUCAAUAAAACGAGAGUCCAAACAAA